CCAAAUCCCACCCUCCCCUGCCAAUCAGCUCCGCCCGUCCGUACAUCGCACCCACCCACCCAUCCCCAUGGGCGCCGCCGACGAGCACCCUCAGCAUCAGCCGUCUCCGGCGCCGGAGGGGGAGGCGAAGAGGACGCUGGUGUUCACGUACGGCACGCUGAAGCGGGGCUUCUCCAACCACUGCCUGCUGCAGGACCUGGCGCGCGCGGGGGACGCGGCCUUCGUGGCCGCCGCCGCGACGGCCGAACCCCUCCCGCUCGUCUGCGGGCCCUACCGCGUCCCCUUCCUCCUCAACCUGCCCGGCGAGCACGGCUGCCAGCGCGUCCGCGGGGAGCUCUACUCCGUCACGCCGCACGGCCUCGCCCGGCUGGACGAGCUGGAGGGCGUCUCGCGGGCCCACUACGAGCGCCUCCCCGUCUCCGUCGUUGUCGAUGGGGGGGAAGGCGCAGCGGAAGAGGUGGUGGCGUACUACGCGCACCGCGGGUACGCGGCGGAGAUGUGGGCGCGGAGCGGGCGGAGGGGCCACGCCGAGUACUCGCCGGCGGUGGCCGCCGGGUACGUCCGCCGCGUGGACCGGCCGCAGCACCUCACCUUCCUCGACCAGAUCCGCGUCUUCGUCUCCUCCCAGUCCUAGUGCAAGAUUUGGUCCUCGCUCUAUCGCCGCCGACGAGGGCCGUACCGUCGUCCUCUGCUUCAUACUGGAUCUCCUAGCCGGCCGCAUCGGCGCCGACGAGGACAGUUGUUCGUCUGUUCCAGCCUCCAGGUUGGGUCUCGUGCCGUUUGUCACUUCGCUUCUGCGCUUAUCUCAUUGCUGGAAGAUGCGUGCCGUGCAAGAUUGAUACUCCUACAUGGAUACACGAAGCAUGACUCGUUUGUGAAGAUGUGCCAUGACAAAAAAGAGCACUCCGUGGCCGGCCGACUAAUCCCCGCCGUCGUUAGUCGGUAAUGGAUGUCCCCAACUGUGACCGCAUUGCAGUAUUGACUAAUGUAUAGGAAUAUUGCCUGACCCAUCUGGAAAAAAAAUGUGUGCCUA